UGUCAGAACAGCAUAAGUCAAAGUAUAGCCUGAUGCCGCCGAAAUCAAUCACCCGAAAUAUCGGCACGAUGUCUCAAUGUCGGUGUUAUCGGUUACAGUGCUCGCAUCGCGUUGGCGCGCUUUGAUUCCCUGCCCUGCAGCUGUUUGCAAGAAAAUCACAACAAAUGGAAAAUAUCUGCGCCGCUUUGGAGCCGGUGUUUCCUUGCCGGGAGGCAGCCAUCAAAACACUGGGCGAACUGAUUGGAGACUCGCGGGAGGCCUAUCCUUCGGCAAUCUAUCUGUUCGGGCACAGUGGGACAGGAAAAACAGCCCUAACCAGAGCAUUCCUCCGAGAAUGCAGCAGGCAGCAAGCUGUUCGCAUUGCGAACAUCGAGUGCAUCGAGUGCUAUAGCACAAAAAUAAUGCUGGAGAACAUGUUGGACUCACUGGCUCCGCGUCCGGCCACAGGGGAAGCCGUUCGUGCCGAUAACAUGCUUGAGUUUGUGGAGCAGCUGCGUCGUUGGCAUGACCAGGGAGCGAGAUUCCAGAGCUUCCUGAUAGUCGUAGACAAUGCCGAGCGCUUGCGUGACAUGGAUGCAAAUGUACUGCCCGUUUUGCUGCGACUCCAGCAGCUGACCAGCCUCAAUCUAUGUGUGAUUCUCCUGUCACAGAUUCCCUUCGAGAAGUUUUACAACAAAACGGGUCUGACGGAAGUCAUUAGCCUGCAUUUGGCCCAGUACAACAAGGCAGAGACGCAACGAAUUCUCAGCUCGGACUUUUUUCAGGUGCGAGGGCACCUUCUUAAGCAAUUUUCGAAGGAUGGCCAGCGCCUCGCGAUCUGCGAAUCGGCCCUCACCGAGGACUUCUAUAGCAACUACCUAAAUCUCUUCCUCAGCGUAUUCUACAAGGCUUGCCGGGACGUGCCCGAGCUGCAGUUGACGGCCCGUAAAUGUUUCUCCAUUUACUUGGAGCCCGUUUUGGAUGGCACCGUUGAGUCUACAGAUGUCUCCCGGCUGUGGCGACACAUUGCUGGACCCUUGAGAUCCGCCCUCACCCAGAUCUAUAUGCGAAUAGACAAGCCUCCGGAAGAGCAGGAGGGAUCAGCACCCAUCGAGGAUCAGAGCGUUCGCAAGCUGGCGCAGUCGCUUGAGUUGCCCUACUAUGCCAAAUAUCUACUUAUUGCUGCCUUUUUGGCCAGUCACAACUCGGCCAACCAGGACAAACGGCUGUUCGUCAAGCACCAUGGAAAGCAGCGUAAGAGAAUGCAGACAGUCAAUGCCAGAGCCAAGACUACAGAGAAGAUGUCCACGACCCUGGGACCCAAAUCUUUCAGCAUUGAUCGCUUGUUGGCCAUCUUCUACGCCAUUCUUGAGGAGAAAGUGGGCCUCACCUGCAACCUGCUGUCUCAGAUCUCCACAUUGGUUCACCUCAAGCUGCUCAGCUUUGUCUCUGGCGAGCAGAAUAUAAUGGACGGCUCGGCCCGGCUCCAAUGCACGGUCGGCCUCGAGUUUGUGCUCUACAUCGGCAAGGUGGUCGGCUUCAACGUGCGCCAAUAUCUUUGCGAUUUCAUGUAGGGUAUUAGUGUUUAAAUAUAUUCAGUAAAUAGUCUGGUA